UCAAGUCAAAGGAUGGCAGCAUUUCUGAAAUCCCUUCGGAAUCUGAAGAAUGAGAUUGUUCUAUUCUCUACCCCGUUACUUCUUCUCCCGCUGCCUUUAGUCAUUGGAACAAAGGAGGCAGCAUGUGCCUAUGUGAUCAUCCUGAUGGCAGUGUACUGGUGUACAGAGGCCUUACCGCUGGCUGUCACUGCCCUGCUCCCUGCUGUCCUCUUCCCCAUGUUUGGCAUCAUGCAGUCCAAAGACGUGUGUAUGCAGUACCUGAAGGACACCAACAUGCUGUUUGUGGGAGGACUGAUGGUGGCGGUGGCAGUGGAGCACUGGAACCUGCACAAACGCAUUGCCCUCCGAGUGCUGCUCUUUGUAGGGGUGCGCCCUGCUCUUCUGAUGCUGGGCUUCAUGGGGGUGACAGCCUUCCUGUCCAUGUGGAUCAGUAACACAGCCACCACAGCCAUGAUGGUACCCAUCGUCCAGGCUGUUCUGGAGCAGCUCAACAACUACAAAGAGACUGAGAUGCCUGUGAUCCUCAGUACUGAGGAGGGUACCCAGCUUCAGGACACCACUGACAGCAAACAAACAGAGAAACAGGCAGAGGGACAUGUUGUGGUGACCUGUUUAGACCCGUUUAUGGAGGCUAUCCAGCGUAAGGAGGCUGCAGACAAGAAGAAGAUGUGUAAGGGCAUGACGCUGUGUGUCUGCUACGCUGCCAGCAUCGGGGGCACUGCCACCCUCACAGGGACUGGACCCAACCUGGUGCUCAAGGGACAGAUGAACCAGCUGUUUCCUGACAAUGGAGAUGUCAUCAACUUUGCGUCCUGGUUCGGCUUUGCUUUCCCCAACAUGAUCCUGAUGCUGACCCUGGCUUGGCUCUGGCUGCAGUUUGUCUUCAUGGGAUUCAAUUUUAAGAAGACGUGGGGCUGUGGGUCAGCGAAGACAGAGAAAGAGAUAGCUGUAUAUAAUGUGAUCAAGGAGCAGCAUCGUCAGCUGGGCUCAAUGUCUUUUGGAGAGCUGAGUGUGCUGGGUCUGUUCAGUUGUCUGGUGGUUCUGUGGUUCACCAGAGAUCCUGGCUUCGUGGCAGGCUGGGCCACAUACAUCUUCAACACUGACGCAGAGUAUGUAACUGAUGCCACAGUGGCAGUGUUCAUCGCUGUCCUUCUCUUUGUCCUGCCUUCCAAGGCCCCACGCUUCUGCUGCAGGAGGUCCCAAAGCUUUGACACUGAGCACCAGCACCCGGCUGGCUCCACACCAGCUCUGCUUACUUGGAAGGUGGCCCAGAAGAAGUUACCCUGGAGCAUCGUUCUCCUCUUGGGGGGAGGGUUCGCCCUGGCCAAAGGCAGUGAGGAGUCAGGUCUGUCUAAGUGGAUGGGGGACCAGAUGACUCCCCUCCACACCAUCCCACCCUGGGCCAUCGCUAUCAUCCUGUGUCUGCUGAUCGCCAUCUUCACAGAGUGCACCAGUAACGUGGCCACGGCCACUCUCUUCCUACCUGUCCUCGCCUCAAUGUCCCAGUCCAUUGGAAUGAAUCCUCUGUACGUCAUGGUGCCUUGUACUCUCAGCGCCUCCUUUGCCUUCAUGUUACCUGUGGCCACACCGCCCAAUGCUAUCGUCUUCUCAUAUGGCUACCUCAAGGUUUCUGACAUGGCUAGGACAGGUAUAGUAAUGAACAUCAUCGGCAUCCUGUGUAUCACUCUGGCCAUCAACAGCUGGGGCAGGGCCAUGUUCCACCUAGAUACAUUCCCUACCUGGGCCAACACUACUGGGGUGUGAGGACCCCGAGGGGCCCCGGGCCAGGCCAUGAAGAACGCAGAAAGAGGGCCCCUCAUGUGCCAGGGGCCUCUGGCGAGAACGUGACUGGUCGUGUUUGGGUGUUGGGAGAAAAGCCACGUAGCUUCCAUUACAAAGGACACUUGAAUCACCCUGUGGAAAGAGAGAAUGGAUGGAUGCAUGGAUGGAUGGAUGGAUGGAUGGAUGGGUGGAUGGGUGGGUGGAGGGGUUUAACUGGAGAGAAGAGUGAUGAAGGGUUAAAGUAGCACUACUGUACUUUUAAUGCUGUAAUGUGUUAUGCAGAGUAUGUCCAGUUCCAUUUAAAAUGCCCAAGUAUUAUCUCUAUCAAAUGAACAUGUUCUCAACUUCUCACUCUCAGAAGUAGCUUCUGCCUCAUAUUUGUUGGUCUGUUUAUAUCUCAAGACCCACAGUUGCUUAAAAUCCAUUUGGGGUUUAAGGUUUUUGAUCAACUGUUCAUUUGCACAAAAUAGCUUGUGAACUCUGUGACCAAACAUUGUAUACCAUCUUCUCUUUUUGCUAAUCUUAGUAUUAGAUGAACUUGUUUUGAUUUUGCUCGUACUCACCGGUGAAACAUGGUGCAUUGUACUUCUGAUGCCACUUGAACUUUGAAUACUGUAUGACUGUAUAACUUGAGAUCCCUCUGUACACACUUUUCUAAACUUUAAUCAUUGGGGCUGGAAAAUGCAAACAUGUUUCUCCUUUGUUAUAACAGUAAUAUAAUAUGUAAUUCAAUACUUUUUAUUGAAUUAUUGUAAUAUUAUCUUGAUCAAAAGUUGUAUAUUUAUGAGAUGUAAUAUAGUUUAUAGUGUAUUGGUGUUUGCUCCUGCACACUCUGAAAUGGCCAAAAUGUCAAAGGUCAUGUCUGGGCUGCUUGCAUGUAAAGUCAGAGAUGGAUACAAGUACAAAAUACAAUUACAGAAUACAAUUACAGAAUACAAUUAUAAAAUACCAUAAAGAUCAAUGUAUCAAAAUAAACAACAAAAUACUUGUAUUUUGAAAUGUAUUUAAU